CACGACCGCCUCGUAUUCUCCUCAAGCUCACGAUCUCAGUUGAUAAGCGGGCCAGGCAACACCAGACGUGGCAUCGGACUGGUCACCAGCUGGGAAUUGAGAUCGAGAGUCUGCCUUGGUUGUUUGGCUCUGGCCCGGGUACAGGUCGUGCAUAAAACGUACAUGGCGUCGCGAUAAGCACAAAGGAAAGAAACGUACUCAAGUUGAGGGCCUGGACUUCAAACUUUACCUCCUGUUGGACUUGGAUCAACAUGCCUACGAACGGACGACUACGAGGCACGAGACGCCAUGUCGACACCCGCACGCCGACAUUUCCUAAUUAUCACUCUUCAAGAAAGAAGCCGCGAAGAUGGCCGCUUGUGAUCCGGUUCAUCAAAGGCGCCAUUCACCUCGAUAUUGCUCUCCCAGUCGCAUUACACGCCAUCAUUGCAGCUAUCGUUUGCUGGUGGGAUGCCACGAAAGAUGGGAAUCUCGGGAUCCCAUCAGCCACUGUCCCCAGUCUGAGCAUAGUCGUUGGUCUCAUGCUGGUCUUUCGCAACUCGACAUCUUACGACCGUUUCUGGCAAGGCAACCAGCUCUUCACUACCAUCGAAACGAACAUCCGAAACCUCACGCGAUCGUUCCUGGCUUGUUCAUACAAAGCUGCAGGAGCUCCGCCAACAGAAGCCGAACGAGCAGACACUGAACGUACAGUCCGCUUACUCCUCGCCAUGAUCUACGCAGCGAAAAACUCCCUUCGAGCAGAAUGGGGACAAGAAAUUCCUUUUCUCUUACCGCGUACAGAAGUCGAGCGACAUCGCAGAGAAAGUGUCUCGGUGUACAAACCUGAGUAUGACGAACUGCUUCCUCCAGGCACUAGAGGACAUGAAGAAGCUGGUCUUGCUUUGAUCCUACAACUCAGUGUCCAAGUGGAAAGCUAUAUCAAGCGGGCUCACGACAGAGGCUGGUUUCACAGUCCGCAGGCAUCGCAAUUGACUGUGCAGCUCAAUACUCUUGUCGCAGCGUUUGGAACAAUGCAGACGAUACAUUUGACGCCUUUACCUGUUGCUUAUCUGAUCCAUACGCGGCAAGUAUUGGCGCUGUUCUGCAUCGUCUUGCCAUUUGCACUUGUGAAAGAAAUGGGCUGGUGGUCAAUUCUGCUUGUCAGUAUUGUGUCUUUCACACUGUACGGUAUCGAAGCAAUUGGAGCACAACUUGAAGAUCCGUUUGGGUACGACAGGAACGAUAUCAAAGUCGAUGCAAUUGUGGAGGAUCUGAGGGUGGAGACUAUGGUCAUGUUGGAGAACUGGAAGAGAGGAGGGGAUAUGUUCUCUUUGCCUGCUGUUGCACCGCAUAGGGAGAUCGUGCCUGAUGGGAGGGAUAGGAACCAACGGCCGAGUCUGGAAGGGAGGAAGAGGAGUGGAUUGGUGAACUUUUCUGACAGCCCAGGGCGGGACUCUGCGCUGAUUGAUUGAUUGAUUGAUCGAUCGAAUGACUAGAUUAGAAUGGUGACGUUUCUUGAGCGAUAGAGCAAAUGUUAUGAGCGGGCUUGGUAGCCUGCAUGCGGCUAUAGAUGUGUAGGAGGCACUUUCAACAUCUGGUCCAGAAUUUCGUGCAAGCUAAGCG